UCUUCUCGUGUCAAAAAAAAAAAAAAAAUCCAAACUCUUCUCUCUCGUCUCGUCGCGGAGGAGGCCAUGAGCUUGGCUUAUCCGCUCCUCCGCCUCCCAUGCCGCUGCUCGCUGGCGGCGGCGGCGGUGCCGGCGCCGCCGAGGGCGUCGCCUGGGCCUACUAUAUCGGUGUCUAUGUCCGUGGAUGGGGGUGAGGGGGAGCUGACGGGGAGGGAGAGGCGGAAGCAGCGGGGGGAGAGGCGGGAGCUGCGGGCGCGGGACUGGAAGGAGGAGGUGCAGGAGCGGCUCAUCCACGAGCCGGCGCGGCGGCGGAAGAAGCCACCCAAGAGGACGUGGAGGGAGAACCUCAACCUCGACUUCCUCGCCGAGCACGGCCCGCAGUGGUGGCUCGUGCGCGUCUCCAUGGCGCCCGGCACCGACUACGUCGACCUCCUCACCAAGGCGAUCUCACGACGGUACCCGGAGCUCUCGUUCAAGAUUUAUAAUCCAUCCAUCCAAGUCAAGAAGAGACUGAAAAAUGGUUCAAUCAGUACCAAAUCAAAGCCUUUGCAUCCCGGGUUGGUCUUUCUGUAUUGCACCUUGAACAAGGAAGUUCAUGACUUCAUUAGGGACACUGAAGGUUGUUAUGGUUUUAUUGGAGCUACAGUUGGCUCUAUCAAAAGGCAGAUUAAAAAGCCUAAACCUAUUCCAGUUGAAGAAGUUGAAUCGAUUAUUAGGGAAGAAAAGGAGGAGCAAGAGAGAGUUGACAGAGAGUUUGAAGAAAUGGAAAAUGGAGGAAUUGUCGAGUCUUUCAACAAACCCGUUGAAGAUUCUGAACUCAUGCUAAUGAAUAAGAUCAAGAGACAGUUUAAGAAACCAAUCUCAAAAGGUGGCAGCAACCACAAUGCUUUUACGCCUGGUGCUAGUGUUCAUGUUCUAUCUGGGCCUUUUGAAGGCUUCACUGGUUCACUCCUGGAAGUGAAUCGCAAAAAUAAGAAGGCCACUCUUCAGUUGACACUUUUUGGGAAGGAGAGCUUUGUGGAUCUAGAUUUUGAUCAAAUUGAGGCAGUUGAUACUUGAUGGUGAAAAAAAAAGUCUUGCGGAUCAUUAGCUUUGAUCAAUACAGCUGGGGCCUGGAGGAAAUAGCUAAGAUUGAAUCCAUUUAACUUUGAGUAACUACCGUGACAAAACUGUUAGCAUACGGGCUACCUCAAGAACUGACCUGAGUUACAUGACCACAUGAGGGCUAGAUUUGUCGGACAAGGAAAGUCAUGUAGAAAACAAGGUUCAAACUUUUUAGGUUGGUAUUUUUAGAUGCAUAGGCUAUUCAUUUCAAAAUUUUGGUUCGUACCUACAUUUAUCAAUAAAUUCAAUAAAAGAAGAACAAUUCUUUGCACAAGGGUUUUGUUCUUAUGAGCAUUUAGAUCCCCAGUGUCACUUCACCAUGUGUAUUAGGCUAUCUUCGUGUUCCACUUUGCUUCUUUCUUUGUUGAUUCCUUAGCUACGAGAUCACUUUGGAGAAAGACCCAAUUCAUCUUUUAUUAAAUUGUUUAGGCAAAAGCUUCUGAGAACAAAGGGAUCUGCUUCUUCCCCUUUUCUUUUA